AAAAAAAAAAAAAAGCUAUUGACCGCAACUGAUCUGUUUCAGUGCAGAGCAAAGAGCAGAGCAAAGCUGUUGCGUUACUUUAUUUCCUUUCGGGGAGAAGAAAAAAGAGAGGGAGAGAGAGAGAGAGAGAGAGAGAGAGAGAUAGAAUCUCGCGCGAGACGUUUUCACGCCAGAUUUCUUCCAGCUUUCCAGCUUUCCUAUCGCACGCGCACUCACAGUUCUCCGAAAGGUCACGUUCCUGUACCUACUGGAGUGAGAUGUACUGAGAUCUGGCCCACACCAGUCUUUUCUUCUUCCUCUGCUCAACUCUGAGGGUGUGGCCAGUGAUGCGAUUACCGUGGAGACUGGGCGUCGCCCUGCUACUGGGGGCAUUCUUCAAUACCAGGCAUCUCACCCACGCUCUAGACAUUCCGUUGGAGAUUGUGCAGCCGCCAACGAUAACAGAGCAGUCACCCGUCACCCUUAUCGCUUUGUCCUUUGAUGAGAGCUUUGCAGUCAAGUGUGAAGCCAAAGGCAACCCUGAUCCAGAAUUCAAAUGGACAAAGAACGGGCAAGAUUUUGAUCCCUAUCAGGACCCCAUGUUGGUCACUAAUGAAGCCUCUGGAACUUUUAUCAUCCCGAACAAUGGGAACCUCACUGAAUACCAAGGCACCUAUCGCUGUUACGCUUCCAACAAGUUCGGAACUGCCAUGUCAGAGGAAAUUGAAUUCAUCAUUCCCAAUGUUCCGAAGUUCCCAAAAGAGAAAAUUGAUCCAAUCGAGGUUGAAGAGGGACAGCCAUUUGUUCUGGAAUGCAAUCCGCCUAAAGGAAUUCCUCCACUGGAAAUCUACUGGAUGACUAUCAGCAUGAAGCAAAUAGAGCAGGAUGAGAGAGUGACUGUGGGGCUGAAUGGGAACCUCUACUUCUCCAACGCCAUUCAGACAGACAGCCGGAGAGAUUACUGCUGCUAUGCAUCCUUCCCAAGAAUACGUACCAUCGUCCAGAAAACCGCCAUGUCCGUUAUUGUCAGCAACUCCAAGUCAAUGAGUCAAUCUGGUAGUGGAAGGGGAACAGCCAACGCCAUUCUGGAGAGGAAGCCCAGUCUUCUGUCGCCCUCUGGUGGCCAAACAUACACUCAUAUUUUGAAAGGGGAGGAACUGCUAUUAGAAUGCAUUGCUGAAGGCUUCCCAACUCCGGAGGUCGAGUGGAAAAAGAUAGGAGAGAAACUUCCUGACCGAGCUGUGUUGAAGAAUCAUGGGAAGCAUCUCACCAUAGAAGAAGUGAUAGAAGAUGAUGAAGGGAAAUACAUGUGCAAGGCCUAUAACGCACAUGGAGAAGCUGUGCAUUACUUCCACGUAGCAGUGGAGGAGCCUCCUAAGUGGGAUAUCGAACCCAAGGGACAGCUGAAUGUUAUCGGAGCUGAUGUCAUCAUCAGCUGUGCUGCAUAUGGCAAGCCAGUACCCUCUGUGAAAUGGAUGGUGAACGGGCGUUCUAUUAGUGAGGUUCCAGCAACCAACAGAAAAGUGGUUGAUGACACCAUCAUGAUCCACAACGCCAGCCCCAGUGACAGCGCAGUUUAUCAGUGUGAAGCCUCCAACAGACACGGAACGCUACUGGCCAAUGCUAACAUCAUGAUCAUGAACCUGCAACCGCUGAUCCUGACAGAAAAUAAUCUUCAGUAUUCAGCAGUGGAGGGAUGGCGAGUGAUCAUGCACUGCAGGGUGUUCAGCUCACCACCCUCAGCUAUCAUCUGGAGCAAGGAUGACAGUGCUGAUGCUAUAGAGGGAGCGAGGUUCUCCAUACAUGCAAAUGGGUCACUGGAGAUCCACAGCGUGAAGGGGGAGGAUGAUGGCGAGUACACAUGUGUCACUGAAAACACUGAGGGCAAACUGGCCAUCACUGCCUUGCUGGAGGUUAAAGCUCCCACUAAGAUAGUGAAUGCUCCUCGGGACCAGCGUGUUUUGGUAGGCACCACAGUUCAGUUCUCAUGUCGGGCUGAAGUAGAUCCGUCCUUCAGUGAGGAUUAUGAAAUAAUCUGGGAAAAAGAUGGCAUCCCUCUCAACGACAGUGAAAGCACUGGCUAUUUUGUAGAUGGAGAGAUGCUGCAGAUUGUCAAUGUGAGCUUCAGUGACCAGGGUGUGUACGUGUGUGUGGCCAGAAGUCCAGUGGAUCAGGAUAGAGCCACGGCACUGCUUACAGUACUGGAUGUACCAGACGCCCCGCAAGGUGUGGUGCUCGCUGAACGCAGAAACAGGACUGUGAAACUUAAAUGGAUCCCAGGAGAUGACCAUAACAGCACUAUCACAGAGUUCAUCAUCGAAUAUGAGGAGAGCCAGUGGGAGCCAGGCAGGUGGAAGGAGCUGGUGCGAGUGCCUGGAAAUCACCACUCGGCGCUGCUGAAGCUCCACGGGCACGUAGACUACAGCUUCCGCAUCUCAGCAGUAAAUGAAGUGGGAAAAGGACGACCUAGUAGAGCCAGCGACAGAUACAAAACCCCAGCCUCAGCACCUGACAAGAACCCUGAAAACAUCAAAAUAGAAGCUCAUUUGCCACACGAAAUGGAUAUCAACUGGAAGCCCUUGUCCCCUAUGGAACACAACGGGCCUGGUUUGGAGUAUAAAGUGAGCUACCGGCGACAGGAUGUGGAUGAGGAGUGGCAGGAGAACAUGGUAAAGAGGCACUCAUUCGUGGUGAAGAACACGCCAACAUUUGUCCCUUACGAGGUUAAGAUCCAAGCCAAGAACCAUGCUGGCUGGGCUCCUGAACCUGAAACCAUAGUCGCCUAUUCAGGAGAAGACUUCCCAUCAGCAGCACCAGAGGAUGUAGCAGUGGAGGUGAUGAACAACACAGUGGUGAAGGUCAGCUGGAACCGCCUUCACAAGGACAAAUUGCACGGACAUCUGGGAGGCUACAGGGUUCAGUGGUGGCGUCUGCGAAGUCUCUUGAACUUGAGGAAAAUGCAUGGUGAUAAACACACACUCAUGUUUCCCGGAGACAGAAAUCAUGCUCUAAUCCCAGGGCUCCAACCUUUCUCCGAAUACAGUCUCAUUGUCAUGGCCUACAAUGGACGAGGCAAUGGACCAGGAAGCCACCCGGUCACUUUUAAAACUCCAGAGGGAGUUCCAGAUCAGGCUGCGUUUUUCAGGGCUACAGAUGUUCAGAAGCAUGCUCUCACACUUAGCUGGUCUCCUCCAGUGGAGGCUAAUGGAGUUCUUACCAGCUGUGUCCUGCAAUACCAGCUAAUUAACAACACAGAGGAAGUGGGACCCCUCCAAACUGUGAACAUCACCAACCCAGAUACAAAUAAAUGGCACCUCAGGGACCUGGAGCCUGUUAGCCGCUACAGGUUCUACCUGUAUUACUGCACACAAACAGGCUGUGGCCCAGCGACUAGUGAGGAGUACAUCACCAUCCCAGAAGCACCUUCAACAGAUGUGCCCUCUUUCACCAUCAGACAGUCCAGAACUCAUUUGACUCCAAGAAAACCUUCUGUCUCCCCUGUGGCUAAAGCCACACUUUCUUCUAUAGCACCCACUGUGUUGAACAUUAGUGCCUCAGUUAGCGACAACUUUGCAAAUAUCAGCUGGAUUCUGGGGAAGGAUCAAAUGGAUUCAGAGUUAUAUGUUGCAUAUAUGAAAAACCGUGAAGGUAACUGGAAGAUAUCUGAGGCCGUUAACUCCUCUAAGACUUUCCUGGUCAUUAAGGAGCUGGAGCCUGGGACAGAAUAUACAGUACGCGUUAUGGCUAAAAGCUGGCAUGAUAGUUCUAGCAUUUUUGAAGAUGUUAUCAGGACCAGGGCCAAAGGUUUGGCCAGCAUUCACAGUGGAAUUUCAAAUCAGGGCUGGUUUAUUGGACUGAUGUGUGCUGUGGCUUUACUUACGCUCAUCGUGCUCAUCGCCUGCUUUGUAAACAGGAACAAAGGAGGGAAGUACUCGGUGAAAGAGAAGGAAGAUCUCCAUCCAGACUUGGAGUCUCAAGGCAUAAAUGAUGACACUUUCUGUGAAUACAGUGAUAAUGAUGAGAAGCCGCUGAAAGGCAGCCAGCACUCACUAUCUGGAGACCUGAAGCGAGGGGACAGUGGGGACAGCAUAGUGGACUAUGGCGAUGAGGAUGCACAGUUUAACGAGGAUGGAUCCUUUAUUGGAGAAUAUGCUGGACAGAAGGAAAGGGCAUCCAUGGAAAUCAAAGGAACAUCUCAGAGCAAAGCAUGAAAGGACAAAUCCUAUUUGAUAUUGCUUACAGAUAUUUGGCACAGGGACAAAAAAGGGAAAAAUUGACAUAAUCCCCUCAAAUAUGACUUUUGGUUAAAAAAAAAAUAUACAGUAAUUCAUGUGUUUAUUGUCAAUCAUGCUCUCAUUCUUAUGUUAUUUUAUAAGGUUUAGUUUCACACAAAUUGUAACAGAUCAUUCAAUCAUUUUCAGCUGUAUAUAGAUGUCAGGUAUUCUUUUUAUAUUUUUGAAAUGAUGUCAAAGCUGCCAAGAAUAUGUUCAUUUUUGUUGUUAUGUUUUUUUGUUGUUUUGUUUUUUGUAAAGGGAGUCUUGGUAAUCCUAAUGUAAAAUAAGAGAAAAAAAAAAGGAGACGUUCCAGUCUUAAUUUGUUAUGCACUGUGAGGUCUCUGGGGUCUCUGCAUUGUCUUCUUGUAGUCAAGCAAAUUUUCUGUUAGAGUAUGAAACUAUGUUUUUUUUUCCCUCUUUUAUUUUCUAGGCAAAUAUUAUUGACAUUUUAUAUUCAGAUCUGCAUUCAUUAAAUGUAAUUAAAUAUGUGUACAAAAAGCUGUUCAUUAAAUUAUUUCCCGUUUUAAAAGUAUGCAGACUAGAAGACAAAGACAAGAUGAGGAUUAUAUAAGCAACUUGUCAUUCUUAGUCACUAAGUCUGUAAACAUAUCCAGUAUUCAAGCUACACUAACCAAUAGCCAUAUACAGUGCAAUCAUUGUUAUGUUGUGUUUGCUUCUAUUAACUCAUUGUAGUUUGAGCAAUAUACAGUACCAUCAUGAUAUGUGAAAUAUAUAUUGUAAAAAAAAAGACUUGUGUUAUCACCUUUAUAAUGUUUUCAGCCUUGCAUUUAGUAUUGUCAUAUCACAAGGGCUUUACAGAAAAGCAAAAAUGCACAUAUAUGCACUCUCUUAGUAAAUACUGUUGCAACUGUGGCUCACUUUCACCAGUUGUUAAUCUGUGAGAAAAUGUAAUUCCAGCUGAGCAUUUGACCCAACAGACAUUCGGCUUGUUCUCGAGUUUUGAGCAAUACCAUCAGGGUGAACCUCCCAGUUCUAAACACGAUAUUUAACUAGGCCAUUGGAUUCACACGUAACUUGACUUACCAUAACAGAGUAGAAUGGCAUUUGAAAUGUUAAGUUAAAUUUGAAUGGCAUCAGGCAGCUCCUCUGUACAAACAUGUUUGUGUUUGCAUGUUUAUGGAUGUUGAAUGAUGUUUCGCACAGAUUUGACAUUAAAUUUUAUUACUUGUCUUUUUCGGA